AUGUCCAGCAUCGAAAGCCGAGUGUCCAAGCAGGGUGAAGCUCCCCUCCAGAACGACAAUGAAGACGCAGAGCAAAUGGCUACUUUUGCAGAAGGCAAAGUCGCAGAUGCAGUAAAGGAAACGAGCACGAGAGAUAAGCCGCGCAAGGACGAUAUCCAAAUUGAGGACUUCUCUUCUGAUCUUGAGAGGAAAAAGGCAGAGCAGGCCGAAGCUAGAGAGAAUAUCAAGGCACAGAGACAAGCCGGGGUGAAUGUCGAUGGAAGUCUUGGGCAGGGCAGAUUGAGCAACGAAGAUAAUGGCAGUGUUUGA